AUGUUCUCAUUAUGCUUACAUAAAAACUCAUUUGAAUUCUAAUAAUAGAAUUCUUAGCCCUUAACUAUGCUAUCAAACUAGCCUGAGAGAAACAAACCUAGAGAAAACCUUUUUUAAAAAUAUAUGAAAAUUAGGUUGGCCAAAAUGGAAUUAAAAGAUUUAAAUAAAUGUCACAAUUAGACCUAUAGAGCUAAAACUAAUGUAAACCGAACGAUGUACCCAAUUUAGAAUGGAUAGUGUUAACUAAAAAAUAAAGUGAGAAGAUUUGUAACAUUAGCUGAAUUCCCACAAUCAGCUAGAAUUGUUAUAAAGAAGACUUCUAAUGUUAAAAGAAAACAGAGUGAAAAUUGGAGCGAUUUAAAUCAAUGGAAUUUUUCAGAUGAAACAAUAUAAUCAUGA